AUGGAAAAUGAGAUUGGAUUCUCCAAAGACUUCUAUAUGGGAGAAGCACCUAUUAUCGCUCAAGACCUGCAGAAUGGCAAUGGCAAUGGCGUUGAAUCAAAAAGUGGGACUUUCGAAACGGGUACUAUCAUUGGUGAUAAAAAGUAUGUCAUUGGUGGAACCGAUGGUGAAACUUUAUCUGUUAAAGUUCAGUUUCUUGACAACAACUGUCUUGGCGAAUGGGUUCAUGUUGUUGAACUAGGCACCAAACCCAUUUCAUGUAAUGGUCACUCAGCCGUGCUUUUGAAAAACAGAAUACUAAUUCUUAAGAAAAAUUCUAACCCAGAUGACUGUAUAUGGUUUCUGGAGGUGGACACUCCAUUUGUCAGGCAGCAGCAGAAAAAAAAUUCGGGGACUGAGGUUGUAGCAUGGAGUAAGGGUGUGAUUGGCAAUGCCGAGAAACCUGUUGUUAUCAGUGGUCCUUCGGGAGUAGGUAAAGGAACAUUGAUAUCUAUGCUCAUGAAGGAGUUCCCUUCUAUGUUUGGCUUCUCUGUGAGCCACACAACCCGUGCCCCCAGAGGCAUGGAGAAAGAUGGGGUCCAUUACCAUUUUACUGAAAAGAAUGUUAUGGAGAAAGAGAUUAAAGAUGGAAAGUUUCUGGAGUUUGCUUCUGUCCAUGGAAAUCUAUAUGGGACCAGUGUUGAGGCUGUGGAGGUGGUAUCAGAUGCAGGGAAAAGAUGUAUUCUUGAUAUUGAUGUUCAAGGAGCAAGAUCCGUGAGGGCUUCUUCUCUAGAAGCCAUGCUCAUCUUUAUCUGCCCCCCAUCAAUGGACGAGCUGGAGAAGCGUCUUCGAGAUCGAGGGACAGAGACAGAAGAACAAGUCCUAAAACGAUUACGAAAUGCUAAGGCUGAGAUUGAGCAAGGGAUUUCAUCAGGCAUAUUUGAUCACAUCUUAUACAAUGAUAAUCUUGGGGAGUGUUAUGAGAAUCUGAAGAAAUUAUUGGGACUUGAUGGAUAUGCCACUCCUCCCAAGUCUGUACCACAAGAGAUAAAUCUGCCAAGGGAUCAUUCACUGUCAAAAAUUGAUGACAAAAUCAUCAUAAAUUCCACCUCUUCAAAACCAGAAAAGGAGUCAAAGAACUUGAUCAUGUUAGAUGUCUCCUCACUUAAAGGGGGUGCACCUGGACGGACAAGGGGACUUAAUUUUCAAGUCAUUGACUCGUUUUCGGAAGGCUUCAAUGGCAAUGGGAAUGGACCAAUUUAA